GUUAAUAAUAAUGUUAAUUCUUACAUACUUCCAAUACUAGGACAAUUGUUUUACCAAUAAGUUAAAUGGAAUGAAGGGAAAUGGAUUAAGAGAGCCCUAAUCUGAUUAUUUUUAUUAUUUUUAAAUGUUUUUAUAGAAAAAUAUGUGAGAAGAUUCAUGUCAUUGCCCUUUGCGCUGAAACAGUUAUGCUUCUUUUAAAUUGGGUCAAACCACCUAUUUUGUUCUCAUACGAUCAAAAUCCCGAUUUUGGUACGAUUUUAACGAUUUUAAUCCUAAUUUUAAACGAUUUUAAGGUCCACCGAUUUUAUAGUAAAAUCGGGAUUGGAAUCUCUAAGUAAAAUCCUAUGAUUUUACGAUCAAAAUCCCGAUUUUGACUGCAUUGUCCACGUGUAGUGCAAUUAAGGCUAUCCCCCUUCCGCGCCAGAAUGUGCAGGAUAAACUAAUCUGGCAUGGUACAACGGAUGGGGUGGUUUUGGUUAAAUCGGCCUACCAUCUAGCUGUCAAUCUAGAUAGGCCCGAGGGAGUUUGGAAGUCUACAGUGAGCUGGAUGGAUAAAUCUAGUUGGAUUCGUUUGUGGGAGGCUGAUAUUCCCCCCAAAGCUCAAAAUCUUUAUAUGGCAGAUCCUCAAUCGCAUCCUUUUAACUACGGAGGCUCUUAUUGAAAAGCAAGUCCCCGUUCUCCCUAGGUGCCCGGUAUGCUGGGAUGGCCCCGAAACAAUGGAGCACUUUUUCUUUGAUUGCACGGUGGCACGUACCUUGUGGGGCGCUGGGGGCUUGGAGUAUCUGGGGGGGGGGGGGGGAUUGUCUCGCCAUACUUUCCCUCACUUUCUUAAAUGCCUGCUGGCCCUGAUUCCUCAGCCACCCAUGUUCAUGGCGGUAGUCGCUAUCCUUGGGUGGAUCUAGCGGUCGCGUAACUGGGUCAUCUUUGAAGGGAAGCAGGUUGGGAUCCCCGCUUUGAUGCGCAAGUACUAGCAACAAUAUGAGGAAUGGGUCCGGUUUCCGGUGGAGCGGAUGCCUCAGCCUUCCAUCCCUUUGGUGCAGAACCUGAGCCUGGGUGGGGCUACGAGGGAUGUUUGUAUGUGGGAUGGGGCUACGAGGGUUGGGUCUCAUGCAGCAGGGGGAUGGUCAUUUUCAACCAGGCUAGGGAGGUUCUAAUGGCCCAGGGUAUUCAGUUCCCAAUGAUAACGGACCCCAUGGUGGUGGAGUUGUUGGUACUCCGUGAGGCUAUGUUAUGGUGCCUAGCGCUUGGAUUCACGGAGGUGGGUUUUGAAGGUGAUGCAAAAGUUAUUAUCGAUAAAAUUAAUCGUGCAGAUACCAGAGAUAACCGGAUUGGUGAUGUUCUUGAAGAAGUGGUGCAUUAUUUUGCUCUCCAUCCGGGGUUUCGUGUUCGGUUUGUAGGUCGGCGUAGUAAUAGGGUAGCCCAUUCAGUGGCUAGCCCUCUUUUGUACCCGACCACGAGUCGUUCUUUUGGUUUCAUGAUCUGGCUUAAUUCCAGGGUGUAAUUAUCUUGUCGAUUGAAUCAAUAUAUGAUUACCUUUUGUAAAAAAAAUCACCUAUUUAAACCAAGAGAUGCAGGGAAAAUCACCAAAGUUUAGAGUUUCACAACCACACUUCGACAUUAUUUGAUGUAAUAUUUUUCCAGCAUUGUCGAAUGUAAAUUUUUUUUUAUUUAUCCUUUAUUUCAGCAGCUCUUCACUAUUCGUCCUUCUCACUUUUACCUCGCUUUCACUUCUCUCAAUAGUCAAUAAACGUUCAUUUUCCACUCAUGCAUAGCAUAAAACAGAAAACUGAUCUUCACUACUAAAUAAUAAAUAUAUGUGGUUUAUUAAACAAUGAGAUACAUAUACUUUGAGUUUCUAUCAUUAUUUUCUCAAGAGUAGGUAAAUGUUUUCCGGCGAGAAAACUCUUGUUGAAAUGAGAUGGAUUGCACCUUUGACUUCUAUGGACAAUGAUUUCUAAGACACGGCUCACACCUCUUCAAAUAAAGUUCAAACGAGGGUGUUUGAUUGAUGGUUUUUGGGAACGAGAUCUAAAUUAAAUUCUUUCUACUCCUAUGGAGGUUCGGCGAGAGCUCCAAACUACGAACUACAUCUAUGGCUACAUGAUAGAGAAAAGGUAAAGGAUAAACGUGACAUGUGUGUUAGAGUGUUGGUUUUGGAACCCUUGUCUCUGUCGACCCCUCCUCUUAUUUAUAGCCCUGAGGAGGUAACCGCCAUAGAAAACCGCUUGUUGGAUAACUGCUACAAAGAACCGCUCCUCCUUCUUCGGUAGAAAACCGCCUCUUGGAUAACUCCCAAAAAGAACCGCUCCCUGCUUCCUCAGAGUGGUGGUUACUCCUUCAACCGCCUAGGUGCCUCUCUUGGAACCGUCGUGGGUUUUGGAGUAUAGCUUGCCUCGCCUGGUCUUGUUUUGAAUCUCGUGACAUGCUAGUCUUUUGACGAGCAUGUGGUGUCUCACAAAGGGGGUCGUGGUCUUCUUGCCUCGCGGCCAUGGACUUCUUACUCAUGUCCAUGGCCUUCUUGUCUUACGGCCAUGAACUUCUUACUCAUGUCCAUGGCCUUCUUGUCUAACGGUCAUGGACCUCUUGAGACAUAUUCACUAGUGAUAUAAUGCUCCAUCACCACGCCCUUCUCAUUCGUGUCCAUGGCCACUCUUGUGAAGUGGCAUGGACUUCUCAAUCAUGCACAAGGCCCCUCUCAUGAGGCGGCAUGCCCUUUCCAUACUUAGUAUUUUCAAUCAUUUAUAAUGCUUCUUGCUUCGUGUCCAUGGCCAUCACAUGACACGGCCAUGGACCUCUUAAUCAUGCACAUGACCCUUCUCGUGAGGCGGCAUGACCUUCUCAGACUUAGUAUAUUUUGGAUCAUGAGGCGACAUGGCCUCCUCAUUCGCGGCCAUGGACUUCUCAGUCAUGUCUGUGGCCCUUCUCGUGACACAGCAUGGCCCUCUCAUACUUAGUAUCUUUUCUUGCGUCCAUGCCCCCUUCUCGUGAAGUGGCAUGGACGUCUCAUCUUGUAUCGCGUCCAUGCUCCUUCUCAUGAAGCGGCACGUGCUUCUCCUUGAAGUGGCAUAUACCUCUUCCAGACUUAGUUUAUUUUUCAGUCAUUAGGCCUUGGUCAUGGGGCGGCAUGGCCUCUUCGUGAAGUGGCAUGCCCUUCUCGAGACUUAGAAUAUUUUUGACCGUAUCGAGGUCUUCCUUGAGAUGGCAUGUGCUUCUAAAUUCUAGAAGGACAUGUUUUUGUGUCGUUUGGUCUUGGUUAUGAGGCGGCAUGGCCUCUUCAUUCAUGGCCAUGGACUUCUCAUACUUAGAAAUUUUCAUGUCAUCUCGUGGCAUGGCAUGGCCUCUUACGAGAGGCCCAUGUCCCUUAUUGAAUCAUGUCCAUGCUCAUUAAUGAGCUGGUGACUUGGGUUUAAAAUCAAUAUCCAUAAGGCCC